ACUAGGCGACAUAUAGCUCUGGUACGUUGAGGGUCCAGCAGCUUAAACCCUCGGUCCACUGCUGUGCGAACCUUCCUCCGCCCUUUCCCCUCUCCGUCGCGGGACGACGGUGUUUUCCAAGCCGAGGCGCUUCGUGGGCUCCAUGGCGGCGGCGGCGGCGCCGGUGUCCGGCCAUCUCCGGGCGCGGUGCCCCUGCUCGCCCUUCCGCCACCGUCGGCCGGUUGCUCCGGCCCUUCCCCGCCGAACAAGGCAACACUAUUCCAAUAGUUCAGACAUUGGAAUUAGAGAAAGCGGGGAUUUCAGGCUUGGAUUUUAUGCCAACUUUAAUGUGCAAAGUAGCAAACAAGAAUGGAUGAAUGAGAGCAGGAAGAUGUUUUAUCUCAGAACCACCAACGGUGUCAGCAAUAACAUCCACAAUGGAGCCACUCCUCUAAGGGCUGAAGAUCUAAAUCAUGAACAACCCUCGGGUUCAACCUAUCCUUCCAUGUAUAACAAUCCAAGAGAAAGAGUGCCAUCUAAAUCAACUGUGAAUAGAUAUGCCAAUACAGAUUUGGUCAAGUGUAGUUUGACAAAUCGGUUUGCCCAUGCUGUGUCGACCCCAACGAGUGUUGUUAACAAUCACAACAAACUAUCGAGCAUGCCUAGUAGCUCUAAGGGGGAGAUUUCUUUGCAUGAUUGGUCAUCCAUGGAAGCCCCUCUGCCUAAUUUCUCAAAUACGGAGGCAACUUCAGAAUUUGAUGGCAAUGCUAAUGUUGGGUAUGAGAAUAAACACAAACUUUUUGCCAAAAAGGUGGCUCCAUCUUCCCCAGAAAAAAUAUCCUUGACCAAUGAGUCUAAAAGCACACGGAAGGCCCUUGCUGGCAUCUAUGACGAAGUUUUGGUUGUUGACAAUAUCAACUCAGCUGAGAAUGUUGUUCGAUUGCUUACUACAAAGUACAAAAGCUUUGUUCAUGCAUGCGACACAGAGGUAGCAAAUAUUGAUGUCAAAAAAGAGACACCGGUUGAUCAUGGAGAAGUAAUAUGCUUUAGCAUCUAUUCAGGAAAUUUGGAUGCACAUGCCGAUUUUGGAAAUGGCAAAACAUGCAUUUGGGUGGAUGUGCUAGACGGUGGGAGGGAUGUCUUGAUGGCGUUUGCUCCAUUCUUCGAGGACAUGUCUAUCAAGAAGGUUUGUCAUAACUAUAGUUUUGAUAGUCAUGUCAUUGAGAAUUAUGGAAUCAAGGUGGCUGGGUUUCAUGCUGAUACAAUGCAUCUUGCACGCCUUUGGGAUUCUAACAGGAGAAUCGAUGGUGGAUAUUCACUCGAAGGACUUACAAAUGACCUGAGAGUCAUGAGUGAUGUUGGAAAUGAUUUAAUUAAAACUGGAAAGGUAUCAAUGAAAACAAUCUUUGGUACAAAAAAGAUUAGAAAAGACGGAGGUGAAGGGAAAAUUGUAUAUAUUGAACCAGUAGAAAAGCUGCAAAGGGAAGACAGAAAGAUGUGGAUUUGCUAUUCAUCAUUGGAUUCAGUCAAUACACUGAAGAUUUAUGAAAGCCUGAAAAGCAAGCUUGAAGCAAAAGAAUGGAUUUUCGAUGGUUGUCCUAGAGGAACAAUGUACGAUUUCUAUGAAGAGUAUUGGCGUCCCUUUGGUUCCCUUCUUGUGAAGAUGGAAACAGAGGGAAUGCUUGUUGAUCGUGCUUACCUCUCAGAGAUCGAGAAAACUGCUGCUGCUGAGCGGAAAUUGGCUGCAAAUAAAUUCAGGCAAUGGGCAUCUGAAUAUUGUCCAGAUGCCAAGUACAUGAAUGUGAAUAGUGAUAUACAACUUCGCCAGCUUUUCUUUGCUGGCAUUGAGAACAGGCAUAAACAUGGUGAGACCUGGCCACAAAGUAAAAUGUUUAAAGUGCGAAAUGAUGAAAACGUAGCUCCAGAGGGCCAGAAGGCUUCGAAGUUCCGCACAAUCGAACUUUCUGGUAUUGUGGAAGAUCUGAAAAUUGAUAUGUUCGCCCCAAAUGGGUGGCCUUCAGUCAGCAUUGAUGCAUUGAAAAUAUUGUCUGGUAAGAUACCCAUGGAUCAAAUUUACACAAUAGAAGACGACCAAGAGCGAGAUGAAUAUAGCAAUGGUUCAGAACUUCCCGAGCAGGAUAUAGAAGCGGCAUCAUCAUAUGGAAUUGCAUAUGAACCGUUUGGUGGAGGAAAGAAGGGAACAGAAGCAUGCCAUGCCAUUGCGGCUCUGUGUGAAAGGUCCUCUAUCGACAAGUUGAUAUCCAGCUUCAUUCUUCCCCUGCAGGGAGAUAAUAUAUCAUGCAAGGAAGGGCGCAUUCACUGCUCGCUAAAUAUCAACACUGAGACAGGGCGCUUAUCAGCACGAAUACCAAAUUUGCAGAAUCAACCUGCACUUGAAAAGGAUCGAUAUAAGAUCCGCCAAGCUUUUGUUGCAGCUCCAGGGAACUCUCUUGUUGUUGCUGAUUAUGGCCAGCUGGAGCUGAGAAUCUUAGCCCAUCUUACUAGUUGUAAAAGCAUGCUGGAUGCUUUCAAGGCUGGUGGUGACUUUCAUUCUAGAACAGCCAUGAAUAUGUACGAGCAUGUACGUGAUGCUGUUCACGAAAAGAAAGUACUUCUUGAGUGGCAACCUCAACCAGGUCAAGAGAAGCCUCCAGUGCCAUUGUUGAAGGAUGCUUUUGGUGCUGAGAGAAGGAAGGCUAAAAUGCUUAAUUUCUCUAUUGCAUAUGGAAAGACAGCUCAGGGACUAUCCCGUGAUUGGCAGGUGUCUGUCAAGGAGGCAAGGGAUACACUCAAACUCUGGUACAGAGAUCGAAAAGAAGUUUCAGCUUGGCAAAAGAGGCAGAAAGAGCUUGCUCGUGAAAAAUGCGAAGUAUACACAUUGCUAGGACGGUCACGCCGCUUUCCUAACAUGACUCACGCACCCCAUGGUCAAAAAGGUCAUGUUGAUCGUGCUGCUAUAAAUGCACCAGUGCAGGGCAGUGCAGCAGAUGUUGCCAUGUGUGCAAUGCUUGAGAUAGAAAGAAAUGCUCGCCUUAAGGAGCUUGGUUGGAGACUCCUAUUACAGGUGCACGAUGAAGUGAUACUGGAGGGGCCUACAGAAUCUGCUGAAGCGGCCAGGGCCAUCGUGGCAGAGUGCAUGUCCAAACCCUUCUAUGGAACCAACAUCCUGAAGGUGGACCUGGCUGUUGACGCCAAGUGUGGAAAGAGUUGGUAUGACGCCAAGUAGAAGUUGUUCUCGCAUGCACGGACACGGCGGGAUUGGGCUGGUGUAGAUAUUGCAGUUCCAGUAGCGGCAGAAGCAGUGCAAGCAUUGAAUAACGGUAGUGGUGGCACGAAGGAGUUGCAAUGCAUAGGACUCCCUCCGGUCCAUAUUCAUUGUCUUUGUACUAAAUCAGCGACAAUUAAUAUGGAUAGGAGGGAGUAGCAGAAAUCUAGCACGUCGAUUGUAUUAGUCUCCAGAGUUUAAUAGGAUCUUUUGGUCUCCAGCGCUCAAUAGGAUCUGAUGAGGUUCAGAUAAGUUAAUCGUAUGACAGGGCAGCUGUUGUGCGUGUUGUUGUUGAGGUUUAACUACUUCAGUGACCUAUUGCAUUCCAGUGAGGCCUAACUCUGCUGCGGUGUUUAUUCAUGUUGGUCUGAGGGAAUUGCUCAUUUAUUCCCAGUUCUGGUCUGCUGGCAAACGCUGGAAUUUGAUAUAAAUUUCUCCAGGAAUCAAUUUAGACAGUGGUUUGUGAUCCA